CUCCACCAGGUUGGCGUCUCAUUGGGUGCCAAAGAUGUGGGCGGAUUUGCGCUGACGUUGCCCCUACUCGGGAUUAACUUGCUUUUUUUUUUUUUUUUUUUUCCUAUGUCGCCAUAUCUGUCACGUUUUGCGCCGGACAUCGUGAUCACCUGCAGAUCGUUGUCAAAUAAAAGCACAUAACAGAUUCGAGCCUUAAAUUGGUGUGCCCGUCGUGCAAGAGACACUGGAUAGGCUGCCGCGAUGGCGCAACGUGAGCGCCUGGAUGAGGAGCAGACGUCAGGAGCACCGAUGUCCUGAAGCUACAGAGCUGAUGUCCUGUCACAAGGAUGGGGGCCGACGGCAGUAAAAGCAGGAAGAGACCCUCUGAAGGGCAGGAGAGUGAGCACUUCUCAUCUGGAUGGCGCGGCUUCCUCUCCAGCAUAGGCCUGUCUAUCCCAGCAGGCCUGUGUCGCCUGGCCCCACCCGGCCUGCGCCUGGGCCAGCAUCGAAUGCUUCAAGGCAAGGCCCCCGAGAUCCCAGAGCACGUCCUGAGGUUGGCAGGAGUCGGCCCAGGCAAGCUGAGAGCUGAGUGGAGCCUGCCAGGGUUUAUUUCCAUGUUCCUGCCUGAAUUCCCUCACAGAACUGUGCCUGGGCAUGAACACUUUCAGGUGCUGGGUUACAUCGCCAAAGGUUCAUUUGGGCCCAUUCUGAAAGUGAAGGACAGGGCCAAACAGAAAACAUAUGCUGUCAAAGUAAUACCUAAAUCAGAGAUUCUAAGACUCGGUGUCUUGGAGCAGUCAAAGGAAGAAGUUAUUGUGCAGCGUCAGGUUCGCCACCCAUUUGUCCAUGACCUCCAGGACUGCUGGCAGACACAGCGCCACCUCUACAUUAUGUGUGACUACUGCAGCACAGGGGACCUGUACACAUACUGGCAGAUGAUUGGUUACUUCACAGAGGACACAGUUCGAGUAUUUGCAGCAGAGUUGGGUUGUGCGCUCGGAUUUUUGCAUGACUUUGGGGUGAUCCACAGAGAUUUGAAGAUGGAAAAUAUCCUGCUGACAGACAACGGACACCUCCGUUUAGCUGACUUUGGUUUGUCCCGUCGCCUGGAGAGAGGAGGAAGAGCCUUUACAAUUUGUGGAACCAUCCAAUAUAUGGCCCCAGAGGUGCUGAGUGGCGGACCCUACAACCACGCAGCUGAUUGGUGGUCGCUGGGAAUUCUGCUUUUCUCAUUGGUUACUGGGAAGUUCCCCCUGCCUCCAGAACCAGACCAUUGCAGUAUGCUGAGAAAAGUGAGGAGUUUCCCUUACGAAAUGCCCCUCAGCUUCAGCCCCCCACUGUCCUUGCUAAUAACCGAGCUUUUGUGCAAGACUCCAUGCCGCCGCCUGAAGACCCUUGAUCGCUUCAAACGACAAACCUUCUUCCAUGGAACAACGUUCGACCUCACCCUGCUGCAACGUCAGCCUGUGGAGGUGAUCCUGCAGCUGAGAGAGAGACCAGACCGAGCGGCCAAAGCUCGACGAGGCCUCACCUUGUCUCUUCAGCCGCUCAAAGGCUUCGACUACGACUCCCUUCUCAGCCCUCCUCCCACACCAGACACGCAGCUGGAUCAUGAAGUACAAACUCACGCGGCUGCACCGCUGCCCGGCCCGACGCUCCCACUGCAGCCUCCUCAGGAAAAAGGUGCUCGCAGAGAGGUGUUCGUGUGACGGACUUUGAGUUUACAUUGUGGUUACUGACACACUGAAGUUAAAAGCCUACGUGCACGCACUUCUGCACAAUUUUUACAUGCAGGCGUGCCUCGCCUUGUAAAAUGUCUUAUUGAGCUGAGUUAUUUGGAUAGAUAUAAAUUUAGAAAGGAAUCAUUAAAAGCAUCAUUUCCCCCACAUGCAUUAGUGACUUUUAUAUUUUUUUGUGAUGUUCUAAUAACAUUUUUCUCCUUUACUUGUUUGCCUUUCUCCACUGAGCACCUUUGUAUUGUGUUGAGCACCUCAUUUGCUCAACAUUGUGCAAGAAAGAUUGUGCUUUUGUCCCUUUACUUCCAGUGUUCCGGUAACGAGUCACGACUGCCCUGUUAAUGCACAAUGUACGAACAAAUUAACCCCAAGUGGAAAAGUUGUGUGAGUUGAUCACAGUACACUUUAUUUAUCCUUUUUUUUUUUUUUUUUUUAAUUUUACAACUUGUUUGUAUCUAAGUAGAGAUCUAACCAAACCCUUCAACAAAAUGUCUGUGUUACAGAAUGAAGCCAUUUUGACAGAAGUAGAUGGAAGAAACUCCUUAUUGCCUCAGUGUUAUCUUAACUUUAAAAUCUACUUUGUGCUCUUGUUCAAGCUAUAUGACCUUUUUUUGCAAGCAUGACCUCGGCUGCCUAAAUUCUGUGGCAGCAGAACCAUCUCUGUCACGUUAAACUCAAGCGGGCGUCACAAAUUAAGUUUCAGAUGUGCCGGCCUUCAGUGUCUCAUUUCACAUUUAUAAUCUGUGACUCAGGGGAGCACUCGCUGGUUUUCCCUUUCAGCCUUGGUUUUGACUCCAAGAUGGCGCCCGACUGUGCAGAUCUGAGCUGAGGCUCAGAAGCAGCAUUGUUUACCUUCAGUUGACAUUUUAACAGAUACAGGGCUUUUUCUAUCCUCCGAGGCUGUUGUAAACCAUGCCAGUACUUAUUUAUUAUUUUGUAAAAUAUACCCUGAUGUUUAUACCCAGAAUGCCUCACAUGUGUGAUCCUGAGCUUGCUUCAUGUCAAGAUGAAAAAAUGCUUAUGUACAUACAUUCCCCUGUAUAAAGUUUAUAUGCAUAUUUUGGAUGCUAUUCCAGGUUUUCUGUUAUGUCGUAUUUUUGUAAUUACCUUGUAGCACAGACAGAAUAUUAAACUCUUACUCUACGUGC